CAAAAAGAUCGGAUUACCCCACCAUCUUUCCUUCUCCAUCAACAAUUAAUCAACACACCUCAAUCAAUGUUAUAGAAUGGAUUCUAAUAAUACUGGAGACCCACAAUUAAAUGAAAACACUCUCGACCCCAGUGUCAUCGCAGAACUCCCAAAUGGCUGCCAAAUACUCUCAACAAAAACUCACGGACUCAGUUUCUUUGCAAAAACAGCCUGUAUCAAUGUCAAAUUGAGCAAUGGAGCAACGCAAUCCUUCUUCGUCAAGAUCCUCUCCCACGAACUGGGCAAAAACAUGGUCUACGCGGAGUUCGAAUCGAUGCAGGAGAUCCACAAAACACAGCCCGAAUUCGUGCCAAAACCAAUUGCCUGGGGAUCAUACCAGAAUGCUCCAAAUACACACUUCUUUAUGUCUGAAUAUCGAGAUAUGAUCAAGGACAAAAUGCCAGAUCCACAACCGUUCGCUGCUUGUUUAUCCAAACUGCACCAGAAUAGCACGUCUCCGAAUGGGAAAUUCGGAUUCCACACAACGACAUAUAGCGGCAACCUCCCUCAAAUGGUCGAGUGGGAAGACAGCUGGGAGGUCUUCUUCUCCAAAAGCCUCAGACUGGCUCUCGAACUGGAACUCAACACCAAAGGACCGAAUGCUGAAGUUGAUAGUUUCCUUCCGGCUCUAUUCGACAAGGUCAUUCCGCGUCUGUUGCGUCCACUGGAAAGAAAUGGCCGAUAUGUGAAGCCUUCACUCGUCCAUGGAGAUCUCUGGUAUGCCAAUUCAGGCGUUGAUAUCCACACAGGCCAGCCGCUGGUUUUUGAUGCCUGUUGUUUCUACGCUCAUCACGAAUAUGAAUUCGGUCAAUGGAUGCCGGCUUGUAAUCGAUUUGGCGAUGACUACUUGGAGGCAUAUCGCUCAUAUGUCCCCAAAUCUGCACCUGAAGAGGAUUAUGAUGGGAGGUUGGAUUUGUAUAAACUGAGGUUUAAUACGCAUGUGUCUGCCCUUUUUCCACAAGAUAGACAACUUCGAGAACAAAUGGUUGGCGAUAUACGAGACUUGGUCAAUCGAUAUGGUUCAGGAUGAAGUGUGGAUAUAUCCAACAUUCUUUGAUACCAAUGCAUAUCUCUUUACAUCAAUAAUUGAAACAAAUUGAAUUUAAUCCAUC